AUGCUCGUCCGAUCAGCCCUUCGAGCGCAGCUUUCUGCCUCAAAUUUAUUAUCUUCAAAGGCCCCCCGUCGCCUGUUCUCCGAGACCUCCUCGAUACUCUCAAAUGGCCCCUAUUCCGAGGUAAAACCGGUCGAUCCCCGAUGGCUUGCGACGACCAAGCAGAGGAUUGGGAAAUGCAUGAUGUUUGGGAUGAAACCUGCUCAGAUUGAUGAGGGAGGGAAGAUAUUAAAGCAAUUGGCUGAGGAAUGGCGAGAAUUGAUUGCUGGGAGUGAGGGUUUCCUUACGGAUAGGAAGCGGCGAAGUCUGUUUCGGCAUAACGUGGUUUGGGGUCAUGUCAACAACGUUACCUACGUUCGAUACGCCGAAACAGCCCGAGUGAAUUGGACCCGCAACAUUGGCAAUAAUAUCGACCCUGCAAACAAGAAGCAAUGGAACAGCAUGGUCGGCAAUACAGGAAUAGGACUCAUUCUGAAAAGCAUCAAGAUAGACUACAAAUUUCCCAUGCUAUCUCCCGACAAAGUCACUGUCUACCACAAGCUGGUCCCAGACUCACCAGAGCAUCUCGCAUCCUCAUCUUCAUUUCGGUUCGAAGUCGUCAUUCUUUCCGAAGCCCACCAACGCCCCGCCGCGCGUUGCUUCGAGGAAAACGUCAUCUAUGAUUACACGAAGAACAGCAAGGCUAAAGAGUUCCCACCGUGGAUUAUGGAACAGUUUAAGGUUAUAUGGGAGUUGCAGGAGCAGGAGAAGGUUAGUUGUGCGCAGCGAAUCGCGGAUAUCGAAAAUCGAGUCAGGACUCUCGAGCUCGAGAGCUGGGAUGCGGUUGAUGCUGUCGAGGAUACCGGAUCUGCGGCGCAGUGA